GUACCUAUCAGGAGUUCUAUGGCAUACAUACGCAUGUAUCCUGCGGUGCGACUGCGGUGUGUACUUACACAUCGCGUAGUGGGCAGUCAGUCUAGUGUACAGAAUACAAAAGACUAUUGAAUAGAGGCGUAGGAAUGAAUACGAUUGCGCUUGAUCGCAUCCAUGAUCUCUCUGACGCAGGGUCCCUCCCGACAGUGACCCUCGCCUCAUGGUCCGUACCACAUCUGAUUCGUUUUCGCGACAGUCUCCUUUUCCAGAAAUGCAGUAAGAGGCCGGGGGUAGAGCCCAAGUUCCACACCCCCGCAUGUUUUCAGUCUGGUAGUUGCGUCGGAGAUGAGCUCCUAAUGCUAUCCAUCGCGGCUAGUUUACUUUUUCUCUUCGACGUCACUCGUUCUAUAACACUAUAGCCCUAUAGCGCAUACCAACGCUCAUCACAAUCGCAGUAUAGGCACCAAAGUAUGCAAUUGACUGUUGUGAUGAAGCGUAGCAAGUGAUCCACAGAUCUGUUCAGCAAUGGCUGAUGCAUCUGAUAACGAGGCAACAUUGCUGAGCCGCAUGCAACAUUGAACAGCCACUGCCAGCACAAACGUUUGAUAGUGGCGCGACAUAAACACUUGCAACUUUGCACACAAAAGCGGAUCCCUUCUGUUUACAGCCGUUCCCCCGAACUCGACUGAUGAAGGCCCAAUUCUCAUCUAUCAAUCCCCCAUACUCAGGGGCGACCCCAGCAUGCACAGUAAGCUUAAUGGCCAGCCCUUUUCCUAAUUUUACUCAUUCGCCUUGUCGAUCCUUCGUGGCAUUUUUACCACAACACAGCGAUCGACGUCACUCCUACUAGGUACGUACUGGGAUUGGCCGCAGGCCAUCUUGAAUUGUCCCCUGAACAGCUGCUUGGAACUUGCGGGAAGCUCCACAAAAGCGAUUGUCGAUGUAUCGACGAUGAUCAUGUCCUCGGAGGUAACGAGCUUACGAUGACGAUGGCGAAGUUGGCUUCUGCAUUUUCCAAGAUGGAAGUGGCACAGGUAGGGGGUCGUUAUGCUUCGCUGGACCAAGACCCAUCCACAACGUUGUACCCACAUAGCCAUAGUACCCGUCCCCAUAGGUACCUAAAAAGUAUAAGAAGGACCGGUUUCGACGUCGAUAAUCACCCAUCAUCUCACGACAUCAAUCAACAUCCACAUCCAAUCCAUUCAAUCACUCUACAAAACUUUCCUCUCACUCUAAAACCAACCAACCUCCACCCAACAAUCAAAAUGCAGUUCACCAUCACCGCCAUUGUUGCCUUCGCCGCCGCCGCCAUGGCCGCUCCCGUCCUUGAGGACCGCCAGGCUGGCCUUUGCACUGGCGGAGGCCAGGCCCAGUGCUGUGCCACUGACGUCCUGAACCUCGCUGACCUCGACUGCGCUACUCCCCCCACCACCCCCACCGAUGUCAACUCCUUCAUCGACAUCUGCGCCGAGGGCGGCCAGCAAGCCAAGUGCUGUGUCCUCCCCAUCCUCGGCCAGGCCCUCUUCUGCGCCGACGUCAACCCCACUGCUGAGGCUCCCGCUCCUUCCGCCGCAUAA